ACAUUAAGGGGAAAAUCUGUAGAGUGGGGAGGAGAUCAGCUUCAUUCCUCCGCACCAUUAUGGACCUCUGGAGUGAGAGAGUGAGGGGAACAGUCACUCAGCUCUUUUUGAUGCUUUUCAGCUUGUGUGUGAACUUAGAAGCAGAAACGUGUCACAGACCGCUACUGUCAACCUUAUCACCAUCUUCAUUCAGAAGCUCCUCCCAGCUGUCCAGCAGUCAUGGCCCGGGUUUUGCUAAAUUAAACCGCAGAGAAGGUGCUGGAGGUUGGUCUCCUCUGAGUUCAGAUAAGCAUCAGUGGUUUGAGGUAGAUCUGGGUGGGAGAAUGCAAAUCACAGCUCUUGCUACUCAGGGUCGCUACGGGAGCUCUGACUGGCAGACAGCCUACCAGCUGAUUUUCAGUGACACUGGACAUAACUGGAAACAGUACAGAUGGGAAGGACGUGUAGAGGCCUUUCCAGGAAACACUAAUGCAGACAGUGUGGUCCAACACAAGCUCCAGGAUGUGAUUGCUCGCUUUGUUCGCCUUGUUCCUCUCAAAUGGAAUCCAAAUGGUCGGAUUGGGCUGAGGCUUGAGGCUUAUGGAUGUACUUACAGUUCCAACACAGUGAGCUUUGAUGGUGACAGCAGCCUUUUUCUCAAGUCCAUUCGGAAACCAAGACAGACAUCUUCAGACAACAUGUAUCUAAAAUUUAAAACCCUGAAAAACUCUGGGAUUCUGUUUCAUGCUGAAGGACAAAAUGAGCUCAGCUUCACGGUGGAGCUACAAAAAGGGCAACUUCUUCUGCUUCUCAGAAAAGGCAGGAGUUUGGUUCCAGACAGACAUCAUCUUGUGUCCCUGGGUAGCCUCUUGGACGACCAACACUGGCACCAUGUUGCAGUGGAGCAUCACAGCAGCCACCUCAAUUUCACUGUUGACAAAAACACAAAGUGGUUAGAGAGGCCGCCAUGGUUCACACACUGGAAGUUUGACCAGAUAAGUGUUGGGUCAAACCACAAUCUUGACUUUCAAAAUUCGGACAGUAAUUUCCAGGGCUGUCUUGAAAAUCUUUUUUACGACGGCCUUAAUGUGAUUGACCUGGCAAAGCAGAGGGACCAACGGGUUACUUUGAUGGGAAACGUGACGUUUUCUUGUUCUGAGCCCGUUUUGGUUGCUGUGACCUUCACUAGCCCCCAGAGUUUCCUUUGGUUACCUGGGGCCACAGAUCUACAUUCAAAAGGGACCUUGGUGAGCUUUCAGUUUCGGACGUGGAGCCAUGAGGGGCUUCUGUUGACUUUUGAUUUGCCAAAGCGAGAAGGGACCGUAUGGCUGCACCUAAGGGAAGCCAAGGUGUAUCUUCAGAUCAACAAGGGUGGCAGGGCACCUUUAGAACUUAAAGCAGGUUCAUUCUUGAAUGACGGGCAGUGGCACUCUGUGGACUUCAAAUCAGAACUGGAUCAUCUGAGCAUCCAAGUGGAUGGAACAAAAGUAGCUUCUGCCAGUCCCACAUACCUAGUCACACCAGGAGGGCAGCUUUUCUUUGGCGGUUGCCCUGUCGAAGGCCAGGAGUGCAGGAAUCAUUUCAGAGCUUUCCAAGGUUGUAUGCGGACCCUAAAAAUUAAAGACCAGCCGGUGGAUCUCAUCCAGGUGCAGCACAAGCUGUUAGGGGAUUACAGCAACCUCCUGAUCGACAUGUGUACCAUUAUCGACAGGUGCCUAAAGGGCCUGACAGGUUUGGUUUUCUCACACGAGCCCAAGCUGCAAAGAGCCACAUGUGAAAGAAAUCCACUGCAGACUGAAGAAGAUGAAGUCAGGGCAAAGGAGGGGGGAGAGAGGGAGCAGAGGGGAAGGGCUCGUAUUGAUCUCCCGCCAGGUGUGAUGGAUAGCGCAAUAAGUGGCAGCGGCCAGUGGAGGAGAGGAGAGAGUGAUUUCAGCUUUUCAAAGUCCUGA